UUCAACAGCCGCUGCAAGCUUGCAUUCACGAAUUUACCCGUCCUCUUUGCAUUUCCUGCUCUCCAACCCACCGCUUCUCUCGCACAAUUCAUCUGUAGCCAUGCCUUCCAACGGUGUCCCUGAUCUUUCACAAAACAAGGCCGUCAAGCUGGUCAAACAUGCCGCCGACAACAACUACGCCAUCUGCGCAACCUGCUGCUACAAUGUCGAGGGAAUCUUGGCCUCGGUACGCGCCGCAGAGGCAAAGCGCUCGCCGCUGAUCAUACAACUCUUCCCCUGGGCGGUGCAAUACGCCGACGGCAUCCUCGUCCACGCCGCGCGCGAAGCCGCCGACAGUGCCACGGUCCCCGUCGCGCUGCACAUGGACCACGCGCAGACACCCGAGAUGGUGAAGCGCGCGGCGGAUCUCGAGCGGGGCUUCGACGGCAUCAUGGUCGACAUGUCGCACUACGACGACAACCUCGAGAAGACGGCCGAGCUCGUCAAGUACUGCAACGACCGCGGCAUCAUCACCGAGGCGGAGCCCGGGCGCAUCGACGGCGGCGAGGACGGCGUGGGCGACCUGUCCGAUCUCGGGCUCGAGGCGAUCCUGACCACACCGGAGCAGGCCGAGGAGUUUGUCGCGACGGGGAUAAACUGGCUCGCGCCUGCGUUUGGCAACGUGCACGGAAACUACGGCCCGAAGGGCCCGCAGCUGGACUACGAGCGGCUGAAGCGCGUGCACAAGCAGGUCGGCGACCGCGUGAGUCUGGUGCUGCACGGGGCCGGGGCCGAGUGGUUCCAGGAGAAGCUGCUGCGCGAGUGCAUUGACUGCGGCGUGGCCAAGAUGAACAUCAACGACGCGUUCAACAACGACUUCACGCGCAUCAUGCAGGAGCAGGCCGGCAAGACGCCCAUCACGGGGCUGAUUGAGCAGGCGACGGACGCCAUGCAGAAGAGUAUCGAGCAGUACAUGGAGUGGAUGGGUUCAGCAGGCAUGGCGGACAAGAUCCAAUAGAGGAAGAAAUAGAAGGAUUCGUUUCGUAUAUA